UCAGACAUUGGUCGUAACCAGGGGAAUCCCUGUGGUAUAUUUAGAAUUCCGGGCACUUUUCAGUUUUAGAGGCAUGAUUUUGUAUCGCGUGACUGUCACGUGAUGUCAACACGCAGACGUGCAUCUGUCAACACUUCGCGCGAUGGAUUCAGCACAAAUGAUUGCAGUGAAGCGCAAACCGAAUUGGUCAUCUGACCAGACCUUGCUCCUGGUCCAACUUGUCGAUGAGCGGAAGGCUAUCAUCAAGGGCAAGUUUGGGUCAGGAGUUACGUCGCGGAUGAAGAAGGAGGCAUGGGGUGAGGUGGCAGCAAACAUCAAUGCUGCAUUUCCUAAUGUGAUCAGAUCGACAGAGGACUACGAAAAGAGAUGGUAUAAUAUCCAGUCGAAGUCAAGACAGGAGAUAUCUGCUUUCAAGAGACAACUCAGUGGCACCGGUAAGUAAUUAAAAAUCAAGACAACUAAAAACAUCUUAAAAACAGUAUUUACAAUGUUUCUGUUACGCCGUCUGAAAAAGUAUCAUGUCCGAAAAUCCAUGAUCCGAUAAGCAGUUUAUAAACAAUGUACUCUAAGGGCCUACGGUGUUUCCGUUCUGCGGUAAUUACCGGCUUUUUACCGAUAAAAAUAUGAACGUUGUCGGCUACCAUGUCCGAUAAAACAUUGUUUGUUUUAAGAUAUGAUCAUGUCAACAGUUACUUGCCUUACAAAUUUGUCAUAUAAAUUGAUAGGCUUUAUUCAUCAAACACAGAAACGCAAGUGUCUGUCUCGCAUUCCAGGGAAACCCCCAUCUAAUAAUAGCAUGACUAUCCCGCACCAAUUGACGUG